UAUAGUGUUGAUCAGUUAACAUAAUAAGAACUCUAACACUUGACUCGUGAAAACUGCUCGUAGGUCGUAGAGAACUUUCCUAUGAAUUAGUUGCGAGGUAUAUUAUUGAGAAUAUUUUUUGUGCAGUCCUCCAUUACCGUAAACUGUAGGUCCUGUAAACAGCCUAGACACUUCGACUCGUAGUGGAGUGAAGACUGUGACAAUGUACAUGAGAUUAUGAAAACUUCAGUGAAAGUUUUAUUUAAGGUCAAGAUUAAAUUUCAGUAUUAACAGGCUCUCAUAGAUGACACGCUGCGAGAGGGAACAAUACACGUUUAUUAAUUUUGUAAAAUUUAAGGAAUAUAAAAAGAAGAGAGAAUGAAAAUUAUGUACAUUUAAAACUGACUCAAUUGCACUGACGGACCGACUAAUCCCCUAUUGUGAAACACAGGUCUACAGAAACUGUAACUAAGAAGCAGGUUAAUAGUAGCACGAUUUAGUGAAUAAAGUAUGAGGUAACGUGAAGGAUUUGGCAGGCUGUGGGACGGAAGAAAAAUGACAGCAUGUUUUGUGUGGCAGAAGUUGAAUAGCCUGUGACGAUUAACUGACUGUCAGUUGUCAGGCUUGAUCGGAAUGGCAAACGCUGAAAUUGAUGCGAAGAAAAUCAAGCACCUUUAUCGUUCUCUUGAUUCGACUCUAUCUGUUCUACGAAAAGAGGAGUUUGCUAAUCUCCAAGAAGUGAAAGAUUUGUUGUCAACGUUCGAUACCUGUUAUCAGAGAAGCAAAAAGACAGAUUCGUACCAAAACAAGACUUUUAUCGUACUUGAAGGUCUGGAUGGAUCAGGUAAAACAACGAUAGCGAAGAAACUUGCGACAGCCCUUCAUGGAGUGAGGUGUAAAACACCACCAACAGUAUUGCAGACACUGAGGGCUAAAUUUGAUACACAUCCACCCAUUCUCCGAAGAGCGUAUUAUUCCCUAGGAAACUAUGUAUCAGCAAAAGAGAUUGAAGAGACACUAAAAUACAGUUCAGUGAUUCUCGACAGGUUCUAUCACAGUACAGCAGUUUUUACAAUUGCAACAGACAUGUACGAAGCUGGAUUCGGUAAGGAUGGGCUACCUCCACAUGGAGAUCCAGUAUAUCAAUGGCCACAAGAUCUCAAACCCAUCCCUGAUGUGAUUUUCUAUUUGGAUGUGAAGGAACAUGUACGAUCACAAAGACUUUCUAAGAGGAUACAAAUUACGGCUGAGGAAGAGCAAAUGGCAUCAAGUACAGAGUUCAGAGCUUUGUUGAAGGAGACAUAUUUAAGAAUGGCAGAACCUGCUGUGACCGUUAUUAAUUCUAAUCAACCUGUAAAACUGGUUGUAAGUGACAUUCUAGAUUUCAUGAGGGCCAAAAUGAUGAUAUAGCACAUAUUUCUGAUGACAUUUAUUUGAAUAUCCAGUAUAAAACAGAGGUAAAAUUCGGUCAUGAAAGGAGCAGAAUAAGAUAUCCAACAGUACCCUAGUUUUUUAAAUAUGGCUAAGUUUCACAAGGUAAUACAGUGUGACAAAGGUAGUAAAAAAGGGAAGAAAAAUUUAGAAAUAUUGGAUGAAGAGGGAUACAUAGUGUGCUCAUGAGAAUAAAUUACUUUCAGACUUCUGAAGUGUAAACCCAGUACACAGAAAAACAUAAUAAUUUGUGUGUAGUA